AUGAAUCCAGAAGGAAAGAAAAUUGCAGCCAAUAUAUAUGGAAGGGUAAAUGUACCAGCGGAGAGAUAUCGCGUCAGCUUCUGUACUGAUAUGGAAAAAUCAGUAUUGAUGAGCAACUUCGAAAGGCGUGGGUGGCAUCAAGUUGGACCCGAUGAUGAAUGGAAUUUUUAUUGGGCGUCUACUCAAACCUGUCGAAACUUGUUUAGCGUUGAAAGCGGCUACAGAAUGAACGAUAAUCAAAUGAUCAAUCACUUUCCUAAUCAUUACGAAUUAUCAAGAAAAGAUUUACUCGUCAAGAAUAUAAAACGAUACCGAAAAGAAUUGGAAAGAGAAGGAAGCCCUUUAGCAGAAAAAGCCGAGGUGAUUUUACAUGGAGGACAAGUCGUUACGCGUUAUGUUCAUCUCGAUUUUAUACCAGUGACAUUUGUUCUCCCGGCGGACUACAACAUGUUUGUUGAAGAAUAUCGUAAAUCACCACAGAGUACGUGGAUUAUGAAACCUUGCGGAAAAUCUCAAGGUACCGGAAUCUUUCUCAUAAAUAAGUUAUCGAAGUUGAAAAAAUGGUCAAGGGAAGCGAAAGCGCCAUUCCAUCCGCAAUUGAGUAAAGAAAGCUAUGUAAUAUCUAGAUACAUCGAUAACCCUUUACUUAUUGGUGGUAAAAAAUUUGAUCUUAGAUUAUACGUGUUAGUGACCUCAUUCCGACCGCUUAAAGCUUAUCUAUUCCAGUUAGGAUUCUGUAGGUUCUGCACAGUGAAAUAUGAUACCAGUGUUACGGAAUUAGAUAACAUGUAUGUUCAUUUAACGAAUGUUAGCGUACAAAAACAUGGUGGCGAUUACAAUAGCAUACACGGUGGAAAGAUGAGUGUUCAAAAUUUACGUUUAUUUUUAGAAGGCACAAGAGGCCGAGCUGUUACUGAGAAAUUAUUUGCCUCUAUACAAUGGCUUAUUGUUCAUUCUUUGAAAGCCGUUUCAUCGGUAAUGGCAAACGAUAGACAUUGCUUUGAAUGUUAUGGUUACGAUAUUAUAAUUGACAAUCAAUUGAAACCAUGGCUAGUUGAAGUCAAUGCAUCACCAUCAUUAACAUCUACAACUGUUAAUGAUAGAAUAAUGAAAUACAAGCUUAUAGAUAAUAUUUUGUCAGUAGUACUCCCUUCGGAGGGUGUGCCAGAUGUACGUUGGAAUAAAGUACCGAGUCCUGAAGUUCUUGGCAAUUUUGAUCUGUUGAUUGAUGAGGAAUUGAUAGAAAAGGAAGAAGCUACAAACACAACUAGUAGAACUACAAAGAAUACUAAAAAAUAA